AUGUUGACCAAGAAGGUACCUGUUUUAAGUGAUAUUGUGGUUUUUGGGUCACCGUGCACUGUGCACCAGGACGCGAAGAACAAGUCACUAGGAGCUCGUGGCAAGCAAGGCGUGAUCAUAGGCAAGAGCGAUGAAGUGAAAGGGUACCGUGUGUACAUUCCAAGGGACAAGGUCGUGGUCGUAACUCAACAUGUUAAGAACGUUGAAACCCUUACGAAGGAACAAAACGAUCAACUACGGCGUGUGCAUCUGAAGGAGAUUUAUGAAGUUGCGUGCGAUGGCUCGACGCAGAAAGAGAAGACGCAAGCGACUGUUCAUGAUGCGAUGAGAAGAAACCACUCGAAAGUUGGUGGCUGGACGCGAGAGGCGCAUGUGACGAGGGCGACUUCGAGAAAGUCACGCGAAGACAAUGCAGAACAAAAAGAGGAGGAGGUUUCGGAUGUGGUGAAUGUCAUUCGUGAGAGCGACCCAAAAUCCUACGGUCAGGCCAUGAAGAGCGGCUUAAAAGAUAAGUGGGUGGCAGCAAUGGAUGAGGAGCUGCGAGCUUUGGAAGACAACGAUGUGUGGAAGGUGGAAGUGCCGCCCAAGGGAAGCCAUGUCCUACACACCAAAUGGGUGUUCAAAACCAAGUUGAACGCAGAUGUAACGGGGCACCCUGAAGCUUGUACUGGUGACAGUACAAGCUACUUAUUCUGA